CUGGCUGGUGGCGAGAUGGUCUGGUGGCCAGUGGGGGCAUCCCUGUUCGCCAGCAAUGUCGGCAGCGGGCACUUCAUCGGCCUGGCCGGCUCCGGAGCAGCCUCGGGGAUCGCUGCCACGGCCUAUGAGUGGAACGGCAUGUUCUGUGUCUUGGUGCUGGCGUGGCUGUUCCUUCCUAUCUACAUUUCGGCCGGGGUUACAACCAUGCCGGAGUAUUUACAGAGGCGAUUUGGUGGCAAAAGGAUACAGCUCUUCCUGGCAAUUCUCUACUUGUUUAUCUAUAUAUUCACCAAAAUCUCAGUCGACAUGUAUGCCGGGGCCCUGUUCAUCCAGCAGGCUCUGCACUGGGAUCUCUACGUGGCGGUCACUGGGCUGCUGGUCAUCACCGCGAUCUACACUGUGGCAGGGGGUCUGGCGGCCGUGAUCUACACAGACGCCUUGCAGACGGUCAUCAUGCUGGCCGGUGCGCUGACCUUGAUGGGCUUCAGCUUUGCCAAAGUGGGAGGCCUCGAAGACCUUGAAAACAGAUACUUCCAAGCGAUUGCCAGCAGCCAUGAUGGAAACAGUACCUGCGGUAGGCCGAGAGAAGACGCCUUCCACAUCUUCCGAGACCCCGUCACAUCUGACCUUCCCUGGCCAGGAGUGCUGGUCGGAAUGACCAUCCCCUCUCUGUGGUACUGGUGCACGGACCAGGUCAUUGUUCAAAGGUCUCUUGCAGCCAAGAACCUGUCCCAUGCCAAAGGGGGCGCCCUGCUGGCUUCCUGCCUGAAAAUCCUGCCCUUCUUUGUGAUGGUUCUGCCUGGCAUGAUCAGCCGCAUUCUCUUCCCAGAUCUAGUGGCCUGUGCUGAUCCCAAUCUCUGCAAAGAGAUCUGUGGCAACCCGUCCGGAUGCUCUGAUAUCGCGUACCCCAAACUUGUCAUUGAACUUCUGCCACUGGGCCUGAGAGGGCUCAUGAUGUCCGUGAUGAUCGCCGCCCUGAUGUCCUCUCUGACCUCCAUCUUCAACAGUGCAAGCACCAUCUUCACCAUGGACCUCUGGCGCCAUUUCCGGCCUCUGUCUUCGGAGUGGGAGCUCAUGAUUGUGGGCAGGGUGUUCGUGCUACUGCUAGUCAUCGUUUCCAUUUUAUGGAUUCCCCUGGUACAAGCAAGCCAGGGUGGCCAACUCUUCAUCUACAUCCAGACCAUCAGCUCCUACCUGCAGCCCCCCGUGGCAGUCGUCUUCAUCCUGGGCUGCUUCUGGAGGCGAACAAACGAGAAGGGUGCCUUCUCUGGGCUCCUGGUCGGGAUGGUCCUGGGCUUGCUCCGUAUGGUGCUGGACUUCGUUUACAUGCAGCCACAGUGUGGCGAGCCAGACAACCGGCCAGGCGUGGUGAAAUACGUUCACUACCUCUACUUCUCCAUGAUCCUGGCACUGGUCACGCUGGUCCUGACAGUGAUGGUCAGCCUCUGGACAGAGCGUCCACCUGAAGAAAUGAUCCACCACCUCACAUGGUUCACGCGCAAGGCUGCUCCCGCAGAGAAGGGCGCUCCAGCAUCGCUGAGCAGUCCACCAUCCGGUCCUGUGAAUGGGACCCAUGAGGCUGGCCAACCUCCCUCCGUGCAAAUGGAUGUCAGUGAAGGCGCUGAAAAUGGUCCUGACCACGAUGCCUGUAACUUGCCCCGCAAAAAGACCUCGGAGCUAACGAGGUUGCUCUUGUGGAUCUGUGGGAUGGACAGCAGAGACGCCGGCACCGUGGAGGCGGCAGCUGAGACCAAGGCGGCUGUGGCGUCUCUCGACGAAGCCCCGCUGGUGAAGCACGUCCUGAACGUCAGCCUGAUCCUGUGCGUGAGCGCAGGCGUCUUCCUUUGGGCCUACUUUGCCUAG